AUGGAAGCAACAGAAGAGUUAGAGAUUGUGAUAGCUGGUGGAGGGAUUUGUGGCCUUGCCACAGCCCUUGCUCUUCACAGGAAGGGUAUUAGAAGUGUGAUUUUGGAGAGAUCAGACUCACUACGUGCAACUGGAGCUGGUAUUGCUAUCCUCACUAAUGGUUGGCGUGCACUUGAUGAGCUUGGCGUUGCCUCCAGACUUAGGCUCACUUCACUUCCUGUUCAACGGGUAUGGGAUAUAGACCUUGACAGAGGCAAGCAACAACAAGCACCGGUAUCGAUUGGUGAAGCUCGUUGCGUGAAACGUAGGGAACUAAUCAAAGCAUUAUCGGAGGAUCUUCCAUUUGGUACUAUAAGGUUUGGAUGUGAAAUACUCUCAGUGAAGUUGGACAGAUUCACCUCUUUUCCAACUCUACAAUUAAGCAAUGGGAGUUCAAUUAGAGCCAAGGUUCUGAUUGGAUGUGAUGGAGCCAACUCGGUAGUUGCUGACUUUCUUGAGCUGAAGCAAAAGAAGAGUUUCUCUUCUUGUUCAGUGAGAGGGUUUACGAACUAUCCAAAUGGUCAUGGAUUUGCUCAUGAAUUUGUCCGAAUAAGGAGAGGGAACAUUUUGUCUGGAAGAGUUCCUGUCGAUGAUAAGCUGGUCUUCUGGUUCAUUGUUCCGAGAUUCUAUCCUACAGAUUCAAAGGUUUCCGAAGAUCCAGAGCUCAUCAGACAAUUCUCUGUAGAGGCAAUCAAAGAAUUUCCAAGUGAAAGAAUAGAAAUGGUCAGCAAUUGUGACCUAGCUUCGUUGUCUCUCACACACUUGAGAUACCGUGCACCAUGGGACAUACUACUAGGCAGUUUUAGGAGAGGGUGUGUGACAGUGGCUGGGGAUGCCAUGCAUGUAAUGGGACCAUUCCUUGGCCAGGGAGGCUCAGCAGCUAUUGAAGAUGCAAUUGUGCUUGCUAGAUGCUUGACCCAAAAGAUGCAGAAAGUUGCUCAAGAAGAAAAUGGGAGGCAAAUAAUGGUGCAAGAAAUUGGAGAAGCAUUGGAUAAGUACGUCGAAGAAAGGAGGAUGAGAUUGGUGUGGCUGUCAACACAAACCUAUGUUAUUGGUUCAAUGUUUGAUGCUUCCUCCAUGCUUGGGAAACUUUUGUUGCUGGCCAUUUUGGCUGUUUUAUUUAGCAACUCAACACAUCACACUCGAUAUGACUGCGGUCGCCUCUAA